ACACCGGUUAAAUCAAACACACAAAUAUGUAGCUAUGUUAACGCAGUCACACGGAAUAACGUUGCAUAUUAAUUAAUUUAAUGCAUUUACUUAUCUAGCACAAUAUACAUUCGUAUUUAUAUAUCUCGUUUUGGUUCAUAAACGCAACGACGCGUUUUCGUUGACGACGACCCGGAACCUUAUAUUGAAGGCUUUUUUUUUUAUUAAACGUUAAAAUUGGCCGCAAUGGCGGAGGUAGCUACUGCAGCCGUUGGAGCUGUUCCCGAUGUAAACACAGCUGGAAACCCGACAGAAAACGCCAUGGCGUAUUUACAAGACGAGAAGACUGAUGAAGACAUCGCAAACCUCAACCUGGGAGAACUGGACAUCACCACCGAUGAGUUUAUCUUGGAUGAAGUGGACAUCCACAUCCAGGCCAAUCUGGAAGAUGAUCUCGUGAAGGAGGCGCUCAAAACGGGCGUUGACCUCCGUCAGUACUCCAAACAGGUGGAGUCGGAGCUGCAGCGGAUCGAACAGGCCUCCAUCAAAGAUUACAUCAAGGAGAGUCAGAACAUCGCUCUCCUGCACAACCAGAUCACCGCCUGUGACUCCAUACUGGAGCGCAUGGAGGGCAUGCUGAGCGGCUUCCAGAGUGACCUGUCGUCCAUCAGCAGCGAGAUCCAGACUCUGCAGCAGCAGUCGGUCAGCAUGAACGUCCGGCUGAAGAACAGGCAGGCGGUGCGCAGCCACCUCAGCCAGCUGGUGGACGAGCUGGUGGUGCCCGGAGUCAUGAUCUCCACCAUUCUGGACAGCCCUGUGACGGAGCAGGAGUUUCUGGAGCAGCUCCACGAGCUCAACAACAAGAUCAACUUCGCCAAGGAGCUGAGCUUCAGAGAGACGCUGGCCUGCUCUGACAUCCAGGACAUCGUCGACCGCCUCAAACUCAAGGCGGUGUCAAAGAUCCGAGAGUUCAUUCUUCAGAAGAUCUACUCGUUCAGGAAGCCGAUGACAAACUACCAGAUCCCGCAGAACACUCUGCUGAAGUACCGAUUUUUCUACCAGUUCCUUUUGGCCAAUGAGAGAACGGUUGCAAAGGAGAUCAGAGACGAGUACGUGGACACCAUGAGCAAGAUUUACUACAGUUACUUCAAGUCGUACAGCAGCCGGCUGCUCAAAGUGCAGUACGAGGAGGUCGCAGACAAAGAUGACCUGAUGGGAGUAGAAGACACAGCCAAGAAAAGUUUCUUCUCCAAACCGUCCCUGAAGAGCAGGAACACCAUCUUCACUCUGGGCCAGAGGGGGAGCAUCCUGAGUCCCGCGGAGCUGGAGGGGCCCAUCCUGGUCCCACAUACCGCUCAGAGAGGAGACAGCAGGUAUCCCUACGAGACGCUGUUCCGCAGCCAGCACUACGCUCUGCUGGACAACGGCUGCAGGGAGUACCUCUUCCUCUCCGACUUCUUCAUGGUGACGGGGAACUCCGCCCUCGACCUCUUCAACAGCAUCAUGGGGAAGACUCUCAGCAUGUUCCUGAAGAGUAUGUCCACGUACGUGUCCGACUGCUACGACAGUAUCGCCGUCUUCCUCUGCAUCCACAUCAUCCUCCGGUUCCGAGCCAUCACAGCCAAGAGGACCAUCCCCGCUCUUGACAAGUACUGGGAGGCCGUGUUGGAGCUGCUGUGGCCGAGGUUCGAACUGAUUCUGGAGAUGAACAUCCACAGCAUCAGAAACACAGACCCUCAGAAACUAGGAGUACUGGACACCAGACCACACUAUAUCACUCGUCGCUACGCAGAGUUCUCAUCAGCCAUCGUCAGCAUCAAUCAGACGUUUCCCAACGAGAGAACCCACACUCUGCUGGGGCAGCUGCAGGUCGAGGUGGAAAACUUUGUGCUAAAGAUGGCGGCGGAGUUCCCCUCCCGACGAGACCAGCUCAUCUUCCUCAUCAACAACUACGACAUGUUGCUCAGCGUCCUCAUGGAGAGGGCAGCAGACGACAGUAAAGAGGUGGAAGGUUUCCAACAGCUGCUGCUGGCCAGGACUCAGGAGUUUAUCGAGGAGAUUCUGUCUCCCCCCUUCGGAGGGAUGAUCGCCUUCGUGAAGGAGGCCGAGGCUCUGAUGGAGAAAGGGCAGCUGGACCGACUAAAGAACGAUGAAGCUCGUAUCACUCAGCUGGUCCGCGGCUUCUCCAGCACCUGGAAGCAGUCGGUGGAGUCCAUGAGUCAGGACGUCAUGAGGUCCUUCACCAACUUCAAAAACGGAACCAGCAUCAUACAGGGAGCUCUGACCCAGCUGAUCCAGUACUACCACGGCUUCCACAAAGUCCUGAACCAGCCGACGUUCCGCAGCCUGGCCGUCCGCUCGGAGCUCAUCAACCUGCACCACCUCAUGGUGGAGGUGAAGAAGCACAAACCCAACUUCUGAAGGGGGGGGGGUCUCCGUCAGCGGGGAGUUCUUCCGCUAAAGGAUCGACAAAACCAGACUGGCUGGCUGUUUUUGAAACAUCAGCAUAAUACCUGAAGGUGUUGAUUCCUUGCAGGUUUCUCCUC